AUGGUGGAUGCCACGCGCCAGCCGGGAGGCAUGAGGGCCUGUGGGGACCCAGCGACUAACUCACUUACAAAGCUCAACGAGAUUUUCGCUGCCUUCUGGGCCAAGAUAUUGUUGAGGAAGCUGAACACGGUUCCAGUCAAACAGGCUAUUACUGCACCUUCAUGCCUUCAGGGCGGAAGCAGAAUGACAACCGAUGGCGGCUCCUUAAAGAGGCGCAGACGUCGGGACCGGCGACACAGGCAGAAACGAAAAGUUUGCCCCACACCUAACAUCCACCCUCACCCCAACUCACCACAACACCGAACCAGAACGGAAGCACCUUGCCCAGCAGGGCAGCACGACCCCCCGACAAUGUAA